UACAAGCCGCAGUUAGUAUUCAAUCGUUCGACGGUGAGCAUGUUGUUGCGUUUUAUCGCGUUACCGGCGGCUCUCUUCUACCGGAAGUGAAGCCUGCUUUCACGCCGGCAUUUCGUGUCCUUUAAGCGCGUCGAAAUUCGUCGGUUCGAAAUAAAUAAAAAAAAAAAAAAAAAAAAAAAAGAAAAAGUAGACGAACGGUGUUGCAGUACCAGAGAUUCAAGAAGACGGAAGAGUGAUAUCGCGCGUUACUGUGUACAUGUGUUUGCGUGUACGUGCGUGUAUGUGUAUGUGCGUACGUUUACAUAUCUCUCUCAUUCUAUUCACAUGGUAUAUAAAAGAACAAGAAGAUAUCUAAUGUUUAAUCGUUAAGGAUGAGUGAAUUCAUCGAGUGAACAAGGAUUUAUCGUCGAUUUUUAUAAAAAAAAAAAAACCGAGGAUUCGAGGUCUUCAGGAUGAUCGGAUUCUAUAUUCCGGAGAAGUACGCCUAGUCAUCACAGUGGAGUUCUGCUUAAUCGCAGCCUCGGGAGGGGGUGGUUCGAUGUUGGUCCCUCCCGUGGCCCAAGGCGGGACGGGCGAUCGUCCCGUGGGUGACGCGGGUGGCAGGGCCCAGCAGUCGUCCGGCCCUGCCGGGACAGCAACCCUAUGGCCUCUUGCACCAGCGCAGCCCAAUCAAGUUCCAAAUCAACAGUCACAAGGAAUACCACCCUUGGCUGCGACCCCUGCACCGGCGCACAAUCAAGGUGUGAGCCGUUACGGGUUGUACUCGUUAUUUCCCGGGGGUGGCGGAGGUAGUUAUGUCGCGGCCACUCCCGCCACCCCAGGGCCACCUACCCCCGCGCGCGCUUAUCACGCAACAACGCAUAAGGUUUCAGAGAGCGUAUUCUCCGCUGCUGUUGGCGUUGGUGUUGGUGGAUACACCUGGGGUGCUCCCACGCCACCCCCUGGAUCACCCUACAGCCCUGUCCCUGUGACUCAGCUUGAACUACUCGCCAAGAAUUUGGCGAGUUUGGCGCCUCCUGGUCAACAGGCAUUGAGCCUUCAGGGUGUCGGUGUUAAUGUUGGCAGUCUUCAUCAUGCGCAGCAUACUCAGCAUACGCAGCACACCCUCAAUCUUGCUGGACUUCAUCAUCUGCACCAUGAAGGUCUACAUCAGAACACUUUCUCGCCCCAACUCUCCCUGGUGACCGGUAACGCUCCGACAUUGACGAUCAAUAGCUUUUCGCCAAAUUCGACGGGUAACGUUGUGCCGACGACGGGGGUGUUGCUCCAGGAGUAUCAGUCACCGACAGGCUCGACAGCCACCGGUUGUUCCGUCGCAGUGAACGGUUCCUCAUGUCCAACGAGUUCGACGAGUAGCACGAUGGUCGUCCAGGGUGGCAACCAGGUUGUCCAGACUACCGCGAAGAAACGAGAAGCCUUCCUCUCGAGUCAAGGUCAACCGGUGAAACUGGAGAACAAGUCGACGAGGCAGCCCUGCGUUUGCAGGAACAGCAACGGUAAAACGAAAGUGGUUCAUUCGGAUGCAGGCUGUAGCAGGACGUUGCCCGUCGCAUCGUCCUGGAAUGGACAGGAUGCGAAUAAUGGCGUUAAUUCUAAUACGAACAAUAAUAGCCUCGUGAAGAGAGAACCUUUGGCCUCGGUGCCAUGUCAGGUUGCAGAGGUUUCGACCUCUCUUCAUGCCACCACUACCUCUGUUAAGAUCGAGCCGGUUCCUCCGAAAUCGGAAAAUGGUAUAGUGGUAUCGAAUGCGAACGCAGGUGGAAUACCAGUUGGAAUUGCAAUGGCAAGACAGAGAUCGCAACAUCAGGAAACCUCGGCGUCCAUGCGGAAUGUCUCCCUCAGUCAUCAUACGUCGCAUCAUGCAAGUUAUCAUCACUUUCAACCUGACAAUCUUGUCCCAUCGCUAGUUUGGGCCCUGUCGUCAGGUUCAUCGAGUACAGCCAUGACGGUAGGCGGCGCUACGCUCGUCCACUGUGGCGGAGGUGGUGGGGAAGAACGUCCGGCCCACCUCGCCAUUCCUUCGGGUGCUUUGGCGCCCUCGUUGAACGCGGCCCUCGGUUCGAGUCUCGGCCCGAAUCUCGGCCCGAGUCUUGGCUCCGGCCUGAAUUCCACCUUGAAUUCCAGCUUGAAUUCCACGCUCGGCAGUACCGCAACGGCCGCGGCCACUACCGCGUGGCCUCCCACGCUUUGGCAGUAUCCGGCCUCGGCCGCGGCCGCUGCCGCCGCUGCUGCCGCCGCAGCUGCAGCGAUGCCCAUGGAACCCGUAGGGUUCCCACAGAUGGGUGUCGGUGUGCAGGGAGGUUUGCAGUUGGUCAGAGAUCCAUCCAGCGGUCAUCUUCUUUUAAUUCACGCAGCCGAACAAAUGCAGCAGGCUGUGGUCUGGCCGAAUUAUCCAAAUCACAAUGGCGGAAACGUAGCACCCCCGUCCCUUUUGUUACCGCCGCCACCACCGUCCCUUCAACUUUUAAGCGACAUAGGCGGCGCUAGAUUGGUCCUUACCGAGAGCAAAAGAAAACAACAGAGCACUUUGCCGAUCGUCAAGAUCGAGGCGGAUUGUGGUACGAGUCCGACAACCAUAAUAACGUCGACGGAAUCGACGAAGGCAUUGCAGAGCGUGACAUCGGUGACGGGCACUCUAGUGCCAGAUGCACCGCUCGUAACGACUCUUCAUUACUACCCACAUGCACCGGCUUUGGUGCAGAUUAGUCAAACGGAGCCCACGCAUUGUAGGUCGCAGCAGCGAAAUGCAUUUAUUUCGAAGGCAACCUCGCCGGUAUCCUGUCUGACACCACCACCAGAAGUGACGACGAUCCAUGCGAUCGAGCCACCGCAAAUGACACCGAUGGUCGGCGUUCAGGAUGCUUCGAAUCAAACGGAAGCGCCAGAAGCUGAACAGGAACAGGAUAUGCCAAUGGAGACUCAGGUGAAACAGGAGCAAAAUCUUAGCCCGUGUCAGCUUCAAUGUGCUAGUACCGCGACGAAUCUUACGACGACCACCACUACUACAACGACGAAUUUGACGAAUCUGACGAACUUCGAGAUCGUCGCGGCGACUCCAGAAAAGAUGUGCAAUGUCGUCAGGAUAACGACGACAACGACCACGGUCAAUCCUACCGUAUGCGGUAUAGUUGGCAAGGUCGAUAAAGCAGAGAAUACGAUCAUCAACAUGGCUGAUUGUCCAAAAUAUUCUAUCACGAGGGAAUGCAGAAGCGUCACGUCGAUCGAUAGAACGAUCGAACGUGUCGUAAGUCGUCAAGAUGAUUUGGAGCAGGACGAUGAAGAAGAUUCGAGGCACGAUCGUUCGACGAUCAACGAUGACGACGAUUGCUACGAUAAUGGCAGAUCACCGAUAUGCAGAGAUGCAAGAACUGGUCCUAGAAUCAUCGAAAUCACCGAGGAAAACUGUGACAGUUUCCAUGAGAAUUUAGAGUUCUUUGGUACGCGACGGGAUCGUUCAACCGAUCGUCUUCGAGAUCGUCGGCGAAAUUAUGCGAUCGAUAACACGCAAGAGCAACAUCAAAACCGUGAGGAGGAAAAGAAGAUCAUUGUAGAGGAGCCGAUGAUCGAUCGUAUCGCCGAAGAAUCGAGAGGUACAGUAAUACAUCAAGUUAUCGCCAAACUAUCACCGGAAACGUCUUGUUGCGAGUCACAAAGGAAAGAGGAAAUGUACCCGGAAUCAAAGGUGAUCGUCGAUUCGACGUCGAAUAACGGGCCGCAAUCAAUGACAACUACGACAACGACGACGACUACGUCGUCUCAGAAUAUAUCCGAUUGCGAGAGCUGCGGGAAAAAUCGCGAUGUCCGUCCUCAAAUGGUUGUUCAACAAAAUCCAGAAGUGAAGCCGCAAAUCAGUGUGAAAUCAUUCGACAUGCCUAACAUCGAUUGCGACGAUCAAGAAUUGGAAACUGUGGUUAUCAAGCAGGAAGCCGACGAUGGUUCCUUCGACGAACAAAAUUCAAAAUUUGAGAAUGUAUCGACAAUAGAGAAGCCAAAGGAUUCCUUGAAGAGACAUUCGGUUGAACGAUCUCACCCAGGUAUCGAGAAUGUUGUCGAGAAAUUGAAGAAAAAUGCGGCCGCCGCUAUGCAAGAAUCUUCCUGUCCAUUACAAAAGAUCGAUGAAUCUAAAGAACGUAACGUUGAUAAUUCGCGUUCUAGAAGGCACUCGGAAACGAUGCCGAGAAAGUUGGAGAACGGUUUGAAGAAGCACAUAUUGAGAUCCUGCGAAAAUGAAAAAUUGUUGAACGAGAAACGUGAGAAUAUCGAACGAUCCGAGAUCGAAGGAUCUUCGGAGAAAGAUUCUAGCAGUUUAGCUUAUUCGAGAGAAUAUUUACAUAACGACAAUAAUAACGACAGUAGGAGUAACAAUAACAAUAUCAAGAAUAUAAACGACAAGGAAUACGUCAUCAGGAAAAGGUUAGCAGUUGCCUGCGAGUCGAAGGUCAAGGACGAUGUAUCUGAGGUAAAUGCGAGUCCACCGAAAAAAAGUCGUUUAGAUAGAGCAUCGAAUGCCAAUGACGACACGGUUUUCUUAUCGGCCACCAUUGUCGACAAUCAAAGCACGAAAUUGAAAUUGGCCAUUUCGACGAAGCAAAAAUCGAACGUCGAUCUCAGCGGCUUAGAAUUGCUCUCGAAUAGUAUCGAACAGUUCGAGCAUUUGAAACCGGAGGCACAGAAUUGUUCGACUCCGGAUCUCGAGAAAUCGCCUAGCAGAGGGAAACUGAUCUCUCCUCAGGGUGAGAGCAAUAAUAAUAACGUCGAUAGUCCCCUCGGUUUGCUGUGUGCUCUGGCUGAGCAGAGAUUCAUGGAAGAGGUUGGAGACAAAGUGCCGAGAAAGCUCAAUCUCGAGAGUUCAGAAGAAAUAUCGAGAGCCGGUAGGCUGUUGUUAAAUCUUGGAAGGACGAGUUUGGAAAAGGAAAGAAAGAGAUUGGAUAAAAGAAAAAGUACGGAUGGAGACGAUGAGAAUUAUGAGAAAUCGAAGAGACUUAAAGCCGAUGUUGUAUACGAGACAACAGACGAUGGAAAGAAUUCAUCUAUACGUUAUUACGAGAAAUGUGGUAAAAGUAGAAGACACGGAGCUAGAUUUCAAGAAGACAUGGUAUUCAGAGUGAAAGAGAAACCUAACAGAAGUAUAGAUCUCGCUGAGGAAAAUGGUAUCGACGAUGAGGAAACUUCUUCGUUGGCGGAAAGAUUUGUACGAGAACGUGAACGCGUUCAAAAGUUCGAUAAGGAAAAUAACGAUUUGGAUUAUGAUAGAAAGAAGGAAACAUUGGAACGUUACGAUCAACAGUACGAUCGAUUUUGCGGAAAUGAUAGAUGUUAUCGUGAUGUAUCAAAGGAAGAUGCCUUGACAGAUUCCGAAACGGAAAACGACAAGACAGUUUGUUCUACUACGAGAUUAGAGGAGGAAGUAGAUGUAAAUACGCAAAGAAGACAAGAAUCCACAGAGGAGAGAAAUAGGCAAGUAAAAUUGGACGCAAAGACGAAUGUUGGUAAAAAGUUACAUACGGAGGAAGACGGGGAUUGGCCAAAUAUGGAUGCAAUGGAGUUGGAUAUGAGAGUGAGAUUGGCGGAUAUUCAAAGACAAUACAGAGAAAAGCAAAAGGAACUAUCGAGGUUGACGCCAAAGAAGGAGGACAAGAGAAGUCCAGGUAGACCGAGAAAGAAGAGCCAUUCAUCGAGUUCCGAACACGGUACUCUCUCUUCUCCUCCCAUUUUGGAACCAGCAGUCCCUUGUCAAAAGUCUCCGUCUCAUUCUCCUGACGGAGCUCCACCGCCAUUAACGUCAGCAGUCUUGGCCAUGCCAAGAUGUAACGUGAAUCUUGUGAAACUCGGUGAACCUCGAAGUCACAUUAAACUUUUGGAUAGUAUACCGAGUAUACCUAUACCAGUACCACCGGUUGCUUCGCCUAUCACGGUUUUACCAACGAGCAAGAUACAAUCAGAGGACGACGACAAGAGUACUGGAAGGAUGGAAUACGAUACAUCUUCGCCAGCACCAACAGUAGCAAGUUCUAGUUCAGCAUCAAAGAAACGUAAAGUUGGCCGUCCCAGAAAACUCAUGUGCACGUCAGGGAAUACAAGACACUUUACAGAAACUAUUGUUGCGAAAAAACCAAAAAGCAAAAGUUCCCUCGUGGGUUAUUUGUUGUCGCCGAAAAACAGGCAUCUUCAAACCAAGUACAUCGCCAAGUCUGGUUAUACUCCCCUACCCUUUAAAACCGGAAUGUUGUCCUUAAAAGCUUCCUCCAAGAAUCACAAAUCAGUCAAGGCGAAGAUGAAACCCGCGAAACAAACUCCGCUGCAUAAUAAAAAUGUCAUCAGUUCGAUUAUCGCGGAGAAGGCUAAACUAAGUCACGAAGUUAAGUUGGAUAAACACAGUAAUAAGGUAAGACCAAAACUGAAAGCCGAGGCAAAGGUAAAAACCUGGGAAGACGACGAGAGUACUGUCGUUGAAAAUAUAUCGUCGGAUACCAUGAGCCAGGAAAUUCUUGAGGAAAAAAAUGUUGAACAACCAGAGGAGGAAGAGGGGGAGGAGGAAGUCGAGAGAGAGAUGGAAAGGAAUAAGCACGAUAAAUCGAAGAAGAAGAAACAAAAGUCUAUCUCGUCGUCCCCGAGUCGACAUAAAUCGAGCGAUCGCGAUAAGAAGGAAUCUAAACGUCGAAAAUCAUCCGAUUGUAAAGAUUGUAAGGAAUGUGCGAAGGUUGCUAAAGCGGAAAGAACAGAAAGCAUUAUUAAUAGAUGUAAGCUAACGUCGGCUCACUUGGCCAUUGAUCAGUUAAGAGUUCUGACGGCUAUGGGUGGUCUCUUUUAUGCCGGAAGACUUAGCGCUGUUCGAGCUCCAGAUGUUUACGCUAUUACUCUUGAUGGCGAACGAGGGAAUAGACCUCAUAUUCAUUCAAGGGAAGAGAUUUUACGGGACGCGAUCGUAGAGGUAUGUCCAAGUUCAACGAAAGAAUUACCACCCGGUACGAGACUUUGUGCUUAUUGGAGCGAGCAAUAUAGAUGUCUUUAUCCAGGAACAUCGGUCGAACCUACCGAACCAGAUCCCAAACUCGAUGAGAAAUUUGUCAGCGUUGAAUUCGAUGAUGGCGAUAGCGGUAGAAUAGCUUUGGAUGACAUCAGAUUACUUCAGCCUGAUUAUCCUGUUGUUGAAUACGAUCCAAAUCCUCUUUUAUCUUUGGGUAAACGUCGUCGACAAACCUCGGUUUCGAUAGAAGAUAAAAGAUCGUCCAUAAAUACUAUAUCUGGUACAACAUCGAAUAGUUUAACAUCUACGGUUUCUUCCACAACUUCCUCUCACAUUUCCUCUUUCGAUGGAGCCUCGAUAGAACGGCACAAAACGGACGAUAUCAGUGCAAAGGCAUUGGAUGAUUAUCGUGAACGUAAGCGUUUGAAGAAGAGGAGAAAGGAUAAAUUGAAGAGACAGCACGAGGCUCAAGAAGGAAAGAAGAAACAUAAGAGGCACAAGGGUUGCGAAGAGCAUAGAAAGCACAAACAUAGGAAACAUAGAAAGCAUAAGCAUAAACAUAGCCAUCAUUGCAAUCAUAGCGAAGGAAGUCAUAUAAGUAGCGGGGAAAGUUGUUGUGGUCAAAAAAGUGAAGAUGAACCAAAUAAAGAGACUCCGGCAAAGGUUGAAGAGGAAGAGGAAGAGGAAGAAGACGAGGAAGAGGAGGAAGAGGAAAGUGAAGAAAUGACUGUUUUGGAAGAAGAACCUGAACCAGUUCCUGAACCAAUUGAAGUUAUAGUAAGGGAGGAAAAGAUAGAAAAGCCGAAAAAAUCUGAUAAAAAAGGGAAAGUACGAGAGAGACAGGAGUCGGUGGAAAGUCGAAGUAAAAUGGCUGCAUUCUUGCCUGCGAGACAAUUAUGGGGAUGGGCUGGUAGGGGUUAUAGGAGACCUGGUGCAAAAGGAAGAGCUAAGAAACAAUUUUUCCGAGCCAUUCAAAGGGGAAACGAAACUAUUCAGAUAGGUGAUAGUGCAGUUUUCCUUUCUACUGGUAGACCAGAUAGACCAUACAUAGGACGUAUAGAGUCUAUGUGGGAAACAUCAAGUUCUAAUAUGAUAGUUAAAGUUAAGUGGUUCUAUCAUCCUGAAGAGACAGUAGGAUGUCCAACCAAUCUAAAGUAUCCGGGUGCUCUAUUCGAAUCCCCUCAUAUGGAUGAAAAUGAUGUACAAACUAUUUCGCACAAAUGCGAAGUAUUACCGUUGGACGAAUAUACAGAAAAACUGGGAAAAGAACCUCAUAGAUAUCUUACCAUCUAUGAUAACAACGAUAUCUACUAUUUGGCCGGAUAUUAUGAUCCGACGACGUACCUUCUAUCUAUGCAACCUGGGGUUGUUUGAGAACAGCUAAAGCUGACGAUUAAGUUGACUGGUGUCACUUAAUCGUAGUCAGCCACAAAUUUUGCGAAAUUCAAUUAUAAAUAGCUGUUGUUAAACACUUAACGCAGCUUUUAAACUUGUCGCUGUUGUAUAGCGACAUGGAAGAAGAAGAAGAAGAAGAAGAAGCAGAAGAAGAAGAAGAAGAAGAAGAGGAAGAAGAAGAAGAGAAAAAGAAAUAUGAUACAGAAACACUGAAUUUAGGAAUCAUGUUCCUAAUACAGAGAUCAUAAUGCAAUAAGGGAUAGAAAGCAAUUUAUUGUUUUUCUUUCUUAUUGUAUGUCUUCUUCAUGUGUUUAUUAAUGAAAAUGGUGUUGAACAGAGGUUAAAUUUAUCAUAUAAGAAUUUGCGCAAGAAGUCUGAAAUAGUCUGCUGUGCAGAAUCUUUUGCGAUAAAUCUUAUUCACUGACUUUGCGAAUUGGAUACCGUUGUCGCAGGUAACCAAGGAAUUAUAAUAAUUUAAUGCAAGGCACAAGCGCAUUGUAUUUGAAAACAAUUUUUCCCGUAAUCUUUGCACAUUAAUAUUAGCAAGUUUUAUCACAAAAUAUUCACGAAGUGCACACUAUUUUGAGCACACCUUAACGUAUUACGACAAACGAUUAACGAAUUGGUAUUAUUGAAUAGAAAUUCAUAGCUUCGUAUUAUUCCAAAAAAGAAAAAAAAAAUGCAUUCAGAUCUUUCUU